UAGUAAAACGCAAAAUGAAAGACCACGACGGAACGCCCCAUCAGAAAAAGCCUACGAAACUCCGAAAUCUCGCAGACAAAACAGAAGCAUUUGAUUCCUUGCACGUGAGAAAUGCUGAGAAAAUACUUUGUACGGGCCAAGCCUGUCUUGGUAGCAUAAUGCAGCUACCGACUCAUGGUACGGAGCCACGAACGAAAGAGGAAAUCUUGCUUCAUGCUAAUGACUUUUUGGAGCAAUAUUUUACUUCUAUUAGAAGAUUAAAUAGCGAUGCUCAUCGCGUACGUUUGGAGAGUGUGCAGAGAGAAGUGAUUUCCACUGGUACAUAUCAGUUAACGGAAACAGAAUUGGUUUUCGGCGCAAAGUUAGCUUGGCGAAAUGCUGCGAGAUGCAUUGGUCGCAUUCAGUGGUCAAAGCUACAGGUUUUUGAUUGCCGUUAUGUUACAACUACGAGUGGCAUGUUUGAGGCUUUAUGUAAUCAUAUCAAGUACAGUACAAAUAAAGGAAAUAUCAGAUCCGCGAUAACAAUAUUUCCGCAGCGCACUGAUGGAAAACACGAUUACAGAGUAUGGAAUAAUCAACUGCUCAAUUAUGCAGGAUACAAAAAUCCUGCAGAUGGUACCAUUCUUGGUGAUCCUGCAAACGUAGAAUUCACAGAGGUUUGCAUGAAAUUAGGAUGGAAAGGUGCACGAACCAGAUUUGACAUACUACCAUUGGUCUUGUCUGCUAAUGGACACGAUCCAGAUUAUUUUGACAUUCCCAGCGACUUGGUACUCGAAGUACUUCUUAGUCAUCCUACAUAUGAUUGGUUUGAAAAAUUGGGCCUUAAGUGGUUUGCUGUUCCGGCCGUAUCUGGAAUGGUUUUCGAUUGCGGAGGUUUAGUAUUCACUGCGGCACCUUUCAAUGGCUGGUACAUGAGCACCGAGAUUGGCUCCAGAGAUUUAUGUGAUGCUCAAAGAUAUAACAUGCUCGAGACAAUAGCGACAAACAUGGGUCUAGACACAAGGACAUCUACAUCAUUGUGGAAGGAUAAAGCAAUGAUAGAAGCUAACGUCGCAGUAUUACAUAGCUUUCAAAUGAAGAACGUGACGAUCGUAGAUCAUCAUACCGCUUCAGAAUCUUUCAUGAAACAUUAUGAAAAUGAGAUGCGUCUUCGAAACGGUUGUCCCGCAGAUUGGCUAUGGAUCGUGCCACCAAUAUCUGGAUCCGCUACGCCGGUAUUUCAUCAGGAAAUGGCGCUUUAUCAUUUGAAACCUUCUUACGAUGCCCAAGACCCAGCAUGGAAAACUCACAUAUGGAAGAAAGGACGCGAUAAGAAAGCAACAUCGAAAAAGCCAAGACGAAAGUUUCAUUUCAAACAGAUUGCGAGAGCUGUGAAAUUUACAUCCAAGUUAUUCGGACGAGCAUUGUCGCGUCGAAUAAAAGCGACCGUGCUGUUUGCUACGGAAACUGGCACAUCUCAAAUGUAUGCGGAAAAGUUGGGCGAGUUAUUGGGUCAUGCUUUUCAUUCCCAGGUACUUUCAAUGGAAGAAUAUGACAUCAGUAACAUAGAGCAUGAAGCUUUAUUGCUGGUGAUAACUUCAACUUUUGGAAACGGUGACCCGCCGGAAAACGGAGAAGUUUUUGCGCAAAAUUUGUACGCAAUGAAAAUGAACGACGCUUAUAUAAACAGCGAGAAUAAAAUAAGUUUGGCGACCUCGAAGUCAUUUAUUAAAGCUAACAGCCAAACGGAAGUAAGUGGAUCGAAGAAAUUGGAUCGUCUAGAUUCCUUGCGUGGUUCUACGACGGACUCGCAAACCGAGGAUACUUUUGGACCUCUCAGCAAUGUUCGAUUCGCUGUGUUUGCACUAGGAUCGUCUGCGUAUCCAAACUUUUGCGCAUUUGGCCGCUACGUUGACAACUUGUUAGGCGAGCUGGGCGGAGAGCGAUUAGCACGUUUAGCCCAAGGUGACGAGAUGUGUGGACAAGAGCAGACCUUUCGGAAAUGGGCAGCUGAUAUCUUCGCAAUUGCAUGCGAAACAUUUUGUUUGGACGACGACGAUACAUUAUUGGAGGUAGCCUUGUCUCUGGGUUCCGAAGCGUUGUCUGCAGCCACAGUUCGUUUUGUAGAAGCCGAUCCUCAACCGAUGGCCAAAGCAUUAAGCAAAUGCCAUAAUAGAAAUGUGACGAUGUGCAAUUUACUUCGAAGGACCAAUUUGAGUGGCGAUGAGUCCAGUGGAAUAACAUUGCUUCUGGAACUGGAUGACAUAGUGGGCAUGGAUAUUUCUUAUAAACCCGGGGAUCACUUAGGUGUAUUUGCGUGCAAUCGAGUAGACCUCGUACAGAGAAUCUUACAACGUGUGCAGUCUACUUUUGAUGCUGAUAUAUCGAUCGAGCUGCAAAUGCAGAAGCAAGCACAUACUCCUAAUGGAAUUGUAAAAACAUGGAUACCUCAUGACAGAUAUUUACCAAAUUCCUUCAGGAUGCUAUUAACUCGAUUUUUGGAUAUCACAACACCACCUACGCCAAAUCUGUUAAGAUAUUUCGCCUCGAUAGCUACGAACGCAAAAGAACGAGCGCAGCUUGAUCUUCUGGCCUCUGAUCCAGCGGCUUACGAGGAUUGGAGACAUUGGAAGUUUCCUAAUUUAGCCGAAGUUUUGGAUGAAUUUCCAUCCGUGACUCCAUAUGCCCCAUUACUACUGCUUCAUCUAACACCCUUACAACCAAGAUUCUACAGCAUCUCAUCGUCUCCUCAAGUGCAUCGAGGGCAAAUACACCUGACAGUUGCAGUGGUGCAAUAUCAAACGCAAAACGGUUCUGGACCAGUACAUUUUGGUGUGUGCUCCAAUUAUCUGCGGCAAUUAUCUGAAGGAGAAUUGCUGUAUGUGUUUGUGCGGAGUGCGCCAAACUUUUAUAUGCCAACGGAAACUGAGGCACCAGUGAUAUUGGUGGGACCAGGUACUGGAAUCGCUCCUUUCCGAGGUUUCUGGCAUCAUCGAUUUGCUCAGAUAAAACUUCAGCAAAAUCAAAAAUUUGGCAAGAUUUGGCUUUUCUUUGGUUGCCGUCAAAGAAAUUUGGAUCUAUAUAGACAAGAAAAGAAAGAAAUGUUGGAGACUGGUGUUUUGGACAAGGUGUUUUUAGCAUUGUCUCGAGAACCUGGUCUUAAGAAGACGUAUGUGCAAGAUUUGAUCCAAUCAGAAGCGUCUCAAAUUUACAAGAUGGUGGUAUAUGAUCGUGGUCAUUUCUAUGUUUGCGGGGAUUGCACGAUGGCGGAAGAUGUUUAUCAGACCUUAAAACAGAUAAUACAAACGCAUAGCCAAAUGACGGACAAAGAAGUUGAAGCAUAUAUGUUAUCACUAAGAGAUGAAAAUCGUUAUCAUGAAGACAUAUUCGGUAUAACAUUACGCACCGCUGAGGUACAUAAUCGAUCGCGCGAGACCGCUAGAAUCCGGAUGGCCGCCGAACCGUGAAAAUAUUGAACUGAUAAAGAACAGCCCGAAUAAUUUUCGUUUGAAGGAUUGCUAUUGCAAAUUAAUGAUUACUGCAUAUAAUAUAUAGUUCUAUAUGGGAAAUCUGUUUUAUUUACAAGUGUUGCUUGACUAAUCUUUUGAUUUCUAGGACAUUUUAUCUGCUAUUUCAUGUGGAUCCGCUUAUCCCUGGUCUCGUAAGAAAUAUCACACUGAAUACAUGUUCGCUGCACGUAGUACAUAAUA